UGUGACGUCAUCUCCGACGCAGCUCUGUAAGGGGAACCUCCGUAUUCAGUCUUCGCGCGGUAUUUGGUUUCUGCGUCCCAUAAAUGAUGGUAAAAAUGCUGCCCUGACAUUUUAUAUUUAAUGUUUAUGUGCUCUUUCUGAAUUGAAGAGACCGUACGGAUAAAAACGUUAGCCAUGUAGCUAGCUCGGCUGAAAAGUAGCUGUAGUUCGUUGCCAUCAAUGGAGAGAGUGUCAAAACCAUCCGUCGGGCGAGAGAAGGAGCUCUCUGUCGGUGUGAUGUCUGACAGUCUGUCUCUACCCUCCUACAAAGACUACCCCGCAGGCCGCCCCUUUGUCAACACCUCUCUACCCUCCUACACACUCACAACUCGCAACACACACGUACCCUGCCGGACACUUCCCAGCAAGGCAUUCCCAGAAAGCAGCAGUGCAGCGAUCCUGUCUGCUCUGAUGAACCUACAGGAGAAGAUUAGGAAGCUGGAGUUGGAGAGAGGCAGAACGGAGCGGAGUCUACACAGCCUGAAGAAAGAGACCUCACACACUGACUUAAGGAGUGACACACACAAACCCACAGACACACGCGAGAGGGAGACCAGCAACCAGUCAGAACCCAACCCAGGUGAGCGACGUGAUCAUUUUUGUUUGAGAGUAAACAGAUGCUCACCCUCUCUGUCUCUCUCCCCCUCGGUCCCCUCAGUGUUAGUGACUCAGCUGGCUGCAGCGGAAGCUCGCUGUAAGCUGUUGGACAGACAACUGGAGUACAUGAGGAAGAUGGUCCGCAACGCAGAGGCCGACAGAACAACCCUGCUCAAACGCCAGGUUUCCCUGGAGAUGACCAGGUCAGCUGCUCCCGCCCCUGACUCCACCCACCAGGCCCAGUUAGAGAAGCUGGAGCUACUGGAGCAGGAAUACCAGAGACUGACCCGCACACAGAACCAUGCAGAGAGGAAGAUUCGUGAGUUGGAGCUGAAACUGCUGGAAGAAGAACACCAGAGGAAACUGGUCCAGAACCAGGCCAACCAGUUACAGACAGGUCUGGAGGCCAAUCGUAUCCUGAUCCGGUCUGUGUCGCUCUCACCCCGCCUUCCCAAAGCCAGAAGCACAACCAGAGAGAAGAAACACUUCUCCAAGAAACCCGCUCUGCAGCAGGCCUCACACACGCAGCCACACUACAGGCUGAGCCUAGGAGACGUCCCAUUUGUAGCAGGGAAGUCUGUAGGGUGCAGUCACUCGGUCAGGGCCAACGUCCAGUCUGUUCUCUCCCUGCUGAAGCAGCAUCAGCCCCAGCUAUGUAACGCACGCGUCCUCUCUCACACCCCUCUGGCCCAGCAAGCCAAUGGCAGCCACUCUGACAGUGGCUCCUCCUCUUCCUGUGGGGAGGAGCUAUCGGACCUCCUGCUGGCCCUGCAAGAUGAACUGGGACACAUGAGUCUUGAGCAGCAGGAGUUGGUGCGGCAGGCUGAGGCCUGUGUGUGUGAGCAGGAGAGGAGGGGGGUGGAGAGAGAACAGAAGGCUCUACUCAGGAGAAUGGAGAGAAAAGGAGAGCAGAUCAGCAAGCUGCGCAGACACCAAGCACAGGUGAAGAGGUUUACGAGGGAUGCUCGUGGUCAGAAGCAAGGUGGAGAGGUGAAGGUGACCACACGCAGUCGCUCUGCCGGAGCAGUCAAGGUUGGACCGGGGGACCGUAGCAGGGAAAGUCUAACACUGCUCAGGGACAUGAGGUGCCUGCAGACCUCGCUACGCCCCAACCAACCACAAUGGAGCUACUGACCACAACGGGACCAACCUCACUGACGUGACUGAGACGCUGUCACUCACCAGACCGCAACAGGAACUGGACCAUGAUGCUGCAGAUCAGACUAUCAACCUGAACUUCUCUGAUGGCUGUCCCGUGGGUGUUGUCGUGUAGCGAAGAGGAAUGAGGCCUACCAAGGACAUUUGGAAGAGGAGGAUGAUGAAUAACUUCCAGGGACAUGGGGAUGUAGAGAAGGAUAAUAUAUUGUAUUUCAGAGGUCUUUUGUAGAUCAGCAUAGCAGUGACAUCAUACAGACUCUCUGCAGAGAGAGAACACUCCUCCUGAUGUGUGCAGUAUAUCUGCUUCAUCUAUUGGCUCUCCCAGGGGUUUAACAGGGUGUGUUGUAGAAAUCUGAUUCUGUGUGUUCUACUGUUGCUGCAAACUUCAGCUCACAGCAACAGACUGAGUUGUGUGUGUAGUUUUGUGUAUUAAAUGGUGUAACCACUCUGCUCUGCAAUGAUUCCCAGAGAUGAAGACACAUUUGAGUGUGUGAGUAGGGAACGAACAGGGGUGUGGGUUGGGAAGCCUUACGACUUCCCUAAAGAUGGUGUGUGUGUGUGUGUGUGUUGAGGAUUACGGUUGGUUCCUUGGACCAACAUUUUAAAUUUGUUAGACAAGUUACACAAGCCGUAAUUAUAGAAAUCUAUCAAAUGGACUGAAAUAAACUAUUUUCUAGUGUU